AUGAAAGAUCUUUCAAUUGUAAUUCCAACUGUUAAUUUAUCAAAUAUUAGUAGAUCACCAUCAACUCCAUCACCAUGUUCACCAUCAACUAUCCAAAGAACACCACAGUUUGAAAAUGACGGUUGUAUGCUCUGUGUAAAUGGUACUCCAUGUUGUCUUCAGAAGCGUCGUGCCACCUGGACACUAAAGCUGAGAGUCGCUCUCUACUGUCUCAGUGUGCUCCACCCCGAUAAGAAAUACUUCAAUCUGAAAAAAGAUAUCUAUACCUACGUAGACAAUCACUGGGACUUGCUUUCGAUCAACACUGCCAAGUCUGACCGUUGGCGUAAACAAGUCCAAGACUCUCUCAGUCAUUGUCGUCACUUUGAGUCGGGUUGGGAUGCAAUGGGAUGCAACGGACACUGGCGUCUCAUCCAGCCAUUGAAUCCAUGGAGUUUCCCCCCAGAACGCGAGAAUAUAAUGAUGUUGGAAGACGACGAAGGUGUAUAUACCCCAGACUCCAGCUUGUCGCCACGUCCCUCCAAGUCGCCACGAGAAGAUCCACUCUACAGAAAUUUCCCCAAGCGUCGAUCUCUCAUCGAAGAGGAGUUGGAAAAUCGUAAGCGUAAGGUUGUUGACGCAGACAUCCAAACAGUGUCUGCAGGCAUGGAAGAGGAGGGACUGUUGAUGCUCAAGUAUUCACCAAUGAUAUACGCCGAGACACCGUCGCCAAAGUGCAGAACUCCACGUUCCAACACAUCCUCCACAACCAGUCCAUCGAUCCUUGGCAACAGUCCAAUGUUGGCAUCGAGCGGAACCUACUUUACACUCUCAAACUUUAGCAAUAACCUCACACUCAACUCAUCUGGCAACAACAAUCCUAUAUAUCACCCAACAGCAUCGCAUCCACCCUCCAAUCUCUCAGUUCAAUCCAACAUUACCAUCCUCGACAAUUCCAAUCCAUCAUCGCCAAGAGGAUCGCCACUCUCCAGUCCAACUAUUCCACACAGCCAGUCUUCCACAUCAGGUGCCUCUGCAACUCAACACAUCUCACCACCAAUCCCCUCGAUCCCAUUCUCUUGGAAAUCCAACUCCAACCUGUCGUCAUCGCCAGUCAACGUUGUCACCUCGAAUCUGUAUAACAAACAGGUAUCGGGAAUGAGUGACAACGUUAGAGAAUCUUCUAAAGCCAACACCCUACCCAAUCCAUUCUCUGGCCCACCCUCACCCAAAUACUCUACACCAUCGCCAAACUUCUUCACCGCCAACAGCAAUCUGAAAGUACCAACAGAACUUCUCCAAAAGUCGUCACCUGUAAUACUUACCACCACCAAUGGACAACCAACAUCACCGUCGUCAUCACCCAACAACCUCUCCAAACUUCAACAACAAAAUCUCAUUUUGAACUGUACAUAUUAA